AUGGGGAAGAAGGGGAAGAAGAAGGCCAAGAUCACGGGCACCCCGGAGGUCCAGAAGUUUAAGCAGACCCGCGAGUUCUGCCUCCUGAAGGAGUGCAUUACGAUCCAGGAGAGCCUCCCCUUCGUCGAGCUGGACCCGCUGGACGAGCCAAGCAUCAAGAGGAUUGCUCGUUUUCUGAACAUGAUCGGCCUUCUGGCAGAGCACCUGCAGCUGCACUCGAAGAAGGAGGGCCAGUUCAAUUAUAGGUUCAACUACCACCACAAGUAUUUGGCGCCCACGCCGCAGUUCUUCCCUUUCGGUUACGACGUGAACGUGAUCACCCAGGCGCGCUACGUCCGUGAGAACGCGAACAUCUCGUUCAACGGAGAGGAGUACGCGCUGCCCGAGGAAAUCCGGACCGCAUCGGAAAAUUUUCUCAAGGAUGUCGACCAUUACAUGAACAGAAUUGGCAGCAUCAUCGAGCCCCGCAUGACGGAUGACUUCGCCACAGGCCUGAAGCGGUUUAAGUCGGACUUGAAGGAGGAGCUCGAGAAGUUCGACGAAGAUUGGGUGAAGUUCGAGAGCGAAUACGUGAAGGUCCGCCACGAUAUCUUGAACAAGGCGAUGCUCACACAGGCCGAGGAGCGCCUCGACAUCGAGGGGAAGCAGCGGCUGGAGGGCGAGCUGGUCUGGGCGGCUGAGGCCCUCGCCAACGAGCUGUUCCAGGAGACGAAGCAGGACAUGUUCCCAGACGACGUGAUCCCGCUGGCCGAGGCGUGCAUCUUCUACGAGUCGAAAGUCACCGAGGAGUGGCUGCACCUCUGCAGGCACCUGAUCAAGGAUUACCUCGAGCUGCGCGCAUACAUCAGCAAGAUUCCCGAGGUGAGGCUGUUCGCAGAGCUUGCGAAGAACGCCGACAUGUGCAGGCUCCUUAAGAAUCGGUGUGCCUACGGCUUCUGCCGCGCAGCCUCCGGUCAAGAAGAGUCUCGGCUGGAUUCUCUGACCGAGGCGUUGCCUUGGAUGCCAGGAGCGUGGUGGACCACAGUGGCUUUGCCGAUGGACGCAAACUGUGGCAGGUUCGUGGCCACGCUGCCGGCGCUGAUCCACGCCAAGACCUCGGACUGGAUGACCAAGGCCUUGCUCGCCCCGGACCUGCAGUACAUCCAGAACUCCGCCGCCUUGGCCCGCGAAGCCGCGGGCUAGCCCCAGCUGCUGCCAUUAAGACCCAUGCCUUCUUAGAAGCCCCAUCCUUAGAUUGCUUGCCGCCAGCUCCCCUCUCGCUUCCCCGUCCCUCCCUCCUCCCUUCCGGGGAGGCGAGGCGGCUGUGCUUCCCCACGCCUCCGGCGACUCGAGAAGACAUCGCGCCCGAGCUGCGGUUUCCAGAUGCUGUGCGGCCUGGGCAGCGUCGCCCUCCCCCCCCCAGACCGUAACAGAAAUAGUUCAGGGCCUACGAUGCCCUGAACUCUUUUCACUUCAUGUCCUGAUAGGGCAUAACUUGGCAUCCCUUGAGCAUUGGUCUUCCGCUUCCUAUCAGACCUUCUCACUGCCAUACGUUUCACCGCACGCCCUUGCCUGCUCGCUCCGUUCGCCA